AUGCCGAGGGGAGUGAAACGGUCCAGGCCUGCGACAGAGCAAGCUGAAUCGACUGGGCGCCCACCCUCUGCCUCCAAGCUUGGUCGAUAUGAGAAGGAUGGGACCCGCUCGACGGCCCGCCAGAUCAUCAUUAUCUCCGAUGACGACGAUGAUGACGACAAAGGUGCCGCAGACAACGCUCUCGAGGAUCAGGAGGACGUAGAGGACGCCAUUGAGGACCUCUUACCCAGCGACGUUUAUCGACUGAGCAUGGCCAAGCGUUUCACCUAUAACAGCCCAUCGAAGGCACGCUCUCUCCUGGAGCCAGAACAGGCCUCACCUUCGAAGCUCGAGGUGCCCAAAAGCGAAGGAAGAACGCCUGAAACCCUCGAUCUGCCUUCUUCGUCCGACACGCCCCUGCAUCAACUCAGGUCAGAAGCUGCCGCCUUGGCCGCAAGCUCCGUCGCCGCCGCAAAGAUCUCUUCGCCUUCUCCCAAAAAGACAAAGCCGAAGAAGGGCAACCAAAAGACCACCAUACAGCUCAAAAGGACCGUCGAAGCCGCAACCGAAGCUGGCAUCGCACCUCUGGACCUCGAGAAGGUGCUCGCUGCCGGCUUCCGUCUGCUCACGCGCUGCUCCUUCUGCGCUGGCGCCUUUACCAAGUCAGCCUCGCCCAAAAUCAAACAAGAGCACAUGUCUCUGUGCGCUCCACUUCAAGGUAUCAGGCUCGGCUCCACCGCCGUUGAGGCCAUCGCGUCUGACAUCAACAGCGCCGUCAGCCGCGAUGAAGAGGACAAGAGAAGGGCUACAGACGAGCGUACCGUACUGCAAGAUGUCAUGCACGAUGCGGACAUCAUCAUGCACGAAGGGCGCGCAAGUCAGAUCGCAACAUCCCCCAAGAAGAGGGGCAGGGACAAGGUCAUUACCAAGAAGUCGAUCAAGCGCUCCACCAAACAAAAAGUGUUCGUCGCCCAAGAUGACGCGACGCAGACCCUUCCGAAUUCUGCUCCUCGUCCCGCCGCCAACCGUCUGCUGCCUGCUCGCAAAGCAAUGUCGGCUGCUCGCGAUGUCGCCAACCAGCUCCUCGGCGGCGCGAUUUCUUCCCUGACAGACGCCAGCGAGACGAAGGACUCCAAAGAAGCGAAUGCCGAGCUGGACGGCAACGACCAGCCCCUCGAUGUGUCAACACUCGCCAACUUGCCGACCACUCCGAAGAAGGCAAGGAGAGGGCUCCUUCCGCAAGCCCAUGAUAUCGGUCUCGCCGACAUCGGUGAAGCGAUCGACGAAGCGAACCAUCUUCCCGUCGUCUCCGCCGAGCAAGUGUUUGCCUCGAUCGCAUCCUCAAGCCCGCACAAGAGCCCUGUCAAAGCGCUGCAAAAGUCCCGACAGAAGUCACGAGAGCACGACAUGUCGUUCGAGACGAGCAGCUCAACGCAGAGCCCCGGAAGUCCAGGCCUACCGCAGACACAACCCUUCGCGCCUUCAAAGCUCGCGAAGCGCCGGCGAGCUCGAGGCAGCGAGACCAAAGUCCCACUAUUUGGCGCCGAGACCACGACGCGGUCGCUGCUCGAUCUCAUUACCAGCAAUCAAGCUGAUGACAGUCGGGAAAGCUCUGCCGACUCCAAGCGGAAGGCAAAUGACGACGACGCAAUGUUCUCAAGCAGUGUUCACGUGAAAAGAUCCAGAGCAGACGAUCCCAGUCGCGAUCAUAAGAUUCAAGCAAGCCAAAACGAUCCGAACCAUGCGCAGAACACACAGCAGCGUGGUCAUGUCGCGCGGACCGACAUCGACGGUAUGGACAUGGACGACCGGAUGGCCAAGGCAGAAGUGUCCGCUCAGUCAGACGGCAAGGACCGUUUUGUGGCCCGCAAGACUCAAAAAGGACGAUUCAUCUCGGACAUUACCUCCAUCCCAAACGCUCGAAGCGCACUGGACCAGAACAAGCAGGGAGCGUCCUCUCCGCGUCAGCCGGAGGCAAAUGAUCGCGGUAGCCAACGACAGCUGCAAAGCGACGACGUGGAGAGCAUGGACGUCGACAGCAUCGACGACGACAAUGAAAGCACCCAAUCGUUCUACGAUCUGCUGCAGCCAUCCGAGGUCAUGCACGAAUCCAUGCCAUCGCCCACACGCAGUUUCUCGGAUUCUUCGUCCGAGGAUCUAGAUGAACCAGACGCAACCCUGACAGCUUACAGGAGCAGAAGGAUGCUUGAUGCUCUUGGUGGUGCCUCGAACGCCAUCGGGACUCGUCGCUCUGGACGCAGCUCUGGCAAGAAUGCUCGCGGUCCAGCCUCAUCUUCGCCCUCCUUGCCCCUCGCAACCCAGAACAAGCCGUUUCAGUCGGGCAUCCGCGAAUCAUCGAUCUCGAACUCGGACCCAGACCUUGUGCUCGUCACCGACUCCAGCAGCAACAGCAGUCCUCACUUGUAA